AUGGCGGCCGGCCAGCUGAACCAGGCCUUGGACGCACACCUGCCCGAGCGCGCGUCGACGGCCUCGGCGAAGGAGCCGUCCCACUGCAUGGCGCCCACGAUGCGCCGCCCCGUCCCUUUCGAUCCGCGCAAACACAAGCUCCUGGAAGACCGCGGGAUGGGCAGCGGGCCGCCCUCGGUCAGCUGGCCGUACGAGGCGCGGUUGACGCUCGCGCAGAGCGAUAGCUCGCCAUCAACCGUCCUGGCGGCGGCGGCGGCGCCCGCCGCGGCGCAGCUCGUGUUGCGACGGACGCACGUCCGGGCUGGCGUCUUGGGCGUAAUUUACGAUCAGUCGGCCCGCUGCUUCAGCCCGCUCCCAAAAUACGAGGAUGCCGACAUCGACACCCGCCCACCUCCUGCCAAGCUCGCUCUAGACGACGACGAGAUUCUCCCGGACGCCGACGCGACGGGGAUUGCUAGCGUCGGCAAUGCUCCAUCCGAGUGGCAAAGCCCGGAGCCGCCCGCGAUGGAAACAUCGCCCACGUGCGAACCCUUUGACUCGAACGAGACCCAGUCGAAAAAUAAGGGUUGGCGGGGUGGUUAA